AUGGCUCUGAGUGGCCCGCAGGAAUAUGAGGGGAUGUCCCUAGCUACUUCCCAGAUGAGGUCAGGCCCCAACGAGGGGCAUCCGGUGUACGCAAUGGAGCAACAGCAGAUCCCCGGAUCCUAUGGCCCACGGUAUGGGAUGCAAACUGCCCAACACGGAGGAUACUCGAAUGUGCAGGAUGAUUCAGGAUGGACAGAGCGCGUGCUCGAGGAAAUGAAAGACAUGCUGCUUCUCUUGACCCCUCUGGGCCGGAUCACCUACGCCACGCCAUCAGCCAAGAACAUCACCGGCCGUACACCGAAACAGCUUGAGGGAACCAUUCUGUCACAGUACAUUCACAAGGACGACCAGACAGUUCUCCAGAAAGACUUGGAGGAAUCGGUCGCCACAAACCAACCGUUCCGGACCCACAUACGAUUUCAAAAGACCAACGGUACAUACUGCCUCAUGGAGGCUCAUGGUCACGCACAUAUUGCCAAUCAGUUCGAGCUUCAGGGUCGAGAGACACCGGCCAAUGAGCGCUGCACCGGCUAUUUCCUCGUGUGUCGACCGCAUCCCAGCAAGAUCUCGCAGCUGCUUGACUCCUUUUUGGAACACAAGGUUGAGAACGCACGUCUGAUUCACCAAAUCGCCAAAUUGAGGCAAGAAGAAGAUGAAGAAGAGGCAACUGGCUCUCGGGUCUUUUACCCCAAGGCCGAAUUGGACACUCGCGCGCCGACCGAUGUGCAAGCCCAACAAACCGCCCGGUCAAGGGAGGUAACUAGUGAUCACGACUCCACGGACACCGUGGGGCCGAACUCGGAUGAAUCCGACACGAGCCAAACAGCGGACUAUUACCAGGGGCCCAAUACCGGCGAAGCUUACUCACACAUACAGGGUAUUGAAGUCAUGACCGGCCUGCACUACGCCGAGGGCGAGAGAUCGCAAGGCUUAAGUACAGGGGCCAGUCGUGGCGGGCUUGUGCACUGCGAAAUUGAUAUCACUACGGCCGCCGACCAAGAGCGCAAUGUCCAGGAGGGUGACCGGCGUAAGAGACUCAAGGGCCAACAUGUCUGUAGCGACUGCGGUACGGCAGACUCGCCAGAAUGGAGGAAGGGACCCAACGGACCGAAGACUUUGUGCAAUGCCUGUGGCUUGCGCUGGUCUAAAAAAGAGAAGAAACGUCAGGAGUCAGCUUAG